AACGUUUAGCAUACUAGCCCAACGAAGCCCUCUGAAAGAAUAUUAUUAUGCUUUUGAACCGUAACGUUUAUAUAUGAAAUAUAGUUCCCAAGAAACUAUUGUAUUUCAUUGAAAUACAAAUGCAUCGUCUUAACCAAUAAAUCGAAAAUUUCAACGGUAUUAUUUUUACUUUCAAGUAAAAAAAUCUUCUGUUGAUUAUUGUAGCGAAAUCUCUAACUGGCAUAUAGAAAUAUGAAAAAGUUAAAUAUAGCCAAACAAAAUAUAAUUGAUAAAUUAGUCGCAAAAAAAGUCUUGCUAAUAGUAAAAAGUACCUAAACUUGAACUCUGUGGUCUCAUAUUUUGAUCACAAAUAGAGUAAGUUGAACUCUAAUAUCAAGGAUCAAUUAGGAUCUAAUUGGCCUUCAUAUAGAGGAGUUAGAAGGUCAAUAUAGAAUUUUUGCUUCUAACAAGGAUAUUUCACUAUAGGAAACAAAUCUCGGGCAUUUGAUCACUUAUCCAAGAGUUCACUGUUGUAUCUUUCAUGAAUAAAAAUUUCAUGUAAAACAGUUUUACUUUGCUUGAUUUAUGAAUUUAUUUUUGAGGGGUCUCGUUAGAGAGAGAUCCACAACUUCGGCUAGUUUCAACCAUUCGUUUUGAAACUUUCUCCAGUGAGAGUUUUGCUGUAUUCAUCUUUUUUCUAAAAAUUUUACGAUUUUAACCAUCAAUAGAGAGGAGAUCUGUGCUGAAGCUGUUCAAGACUAUUGCAGUUUUUUCACGCCUGAAGAUUACAUUGGGUUAAAGUACACUUUCUGUGACAUAAUAUAGACAUGUUGAGUCUUGUUUGCUAAUAAGAAAAUAAAUGAUAAAGCAUUAAAGUUGUGAAGACUCAGAAAAGUAUCAAAAGAGCUUUGUUUUAGAUCCAGUGAGAAAAAUACAGUGCUUUUAGUCGAUAUAUAAGGCAAAAGAAUUGAAGUUGAUGUAUUUCUUAUUCAGUAGCGGAACUUUUUUUUUCGACAACUAUAAUACAUUUUCUAGUUAGUUGAUUAAUUUUAAGGCUGAUAUCUAUUUCAGUGAUGUACGUAUUUCUGAUCGACUUGAUGAAAUUGAUAAAUGGCGUAAAACUCUUGAAUAUACAAUUCAAGAUGUUGAUCGUGAAAUUCAAGCUAUUCAGUCAGCUAAAGAACAAUGUGAACGUUAUUUAGAACAUAUGCGAAGUCCAUUAGGUAAAUAA